AUGGAGUCGUGGACGAAUAACAGCGAUUGUUGUUAUUGGGACGGUGUCACGUGUGAUGCCAAAUCCGGAGAAGUGGUAGAGCUAGACCUUUCUUUCAGCUGUCUUCAUGGCCGGUUUCAACCUAAAAGCAAGGUUUUUAGGGUUCAAAGCCUUCGUUCUCUCGAUCUUUCAAAUAAUGAUCUCAUCGGUCAAAUUCCAUGGUCCAUUGGACAUUUUUCUCAUCUUACCACUCUUGACCUUUCUAAAAAUUACUUUAGUGGUUGUAUUCCUUCUUCAUUUGGAAACUUUUCGCAUCUCACUUAUCUCAGCCUUUCCGAAAACUAUCUUGAUGGUGAAAUCCCAUUUUCACUUGGAAAGUUUCCUCAUCUUACCUCUAUCGAUCUUUCUGGAAAUUAUUUUAGUGGUUGGAUUUCUUCUUCGAUUGGAAACCUUUCACAUCUCACUUAUCUCAGCCUCUAUGAUAACAGUUUCGAUGGUGAAAUCCCAUCUUCACUUGGAAAUUUUUCUAAUCUUACCACUAUUUAUCUUUCUGAAAAUUAUUUUUGUGGUUUGAUUCCUUCUUCGAUUGGGAACCUUUCGCAUCUCACCUAUCUCAACCUCUAUCGUAACAGUUUUUUUGGUGAAAUCCCAUCUUCUUUUGGCUAUUUAAAUAAUUUGGCCAUUUUAGAUGUUGGUUCCAAUAGGCUUGGUGGUAGCUUCCCUCUCACGUUACUAAACCUAACAAAACUAUCAUUUUUGUCACUCUCCAACAAUCGGUUCACAGGAACGCUUCCUUCUUCACUCUUCACAAUUCCUUUUCUGAGUACUCUUCAUUUGGAAAAUAACCAACUUAGUGGCACUCUUGAAUUUGGGAAUAUAUCUUCGUCAUCAUCGAAGCUAGUAGAGUUACACCUUGGCAAUAACAACUUCAGUGGGUCAAAUGACUUUAGCAUCUUGUCGCAUAUCAAGUCGCUCAAAUAUCUUGACAUAUCCCAUUUGAACACCACCACUACGAUUAACUUGCAUGCAAUCUUAGCAGUCUUCAACCACAUGCAAAAGUUCAGUUUGGAUCUCUCAGGAAAUAGAGUUUUAGCCACAAACAAGAGUUCGGUUGCAAAUCCUCCUCCGCAGUUGAUAUGGGGAUUAUACUUGUCAGGAUGUGGUAUCACCGAGUUUCCAAUGCUCAUACGAACCCAACACAAAAUGGAGGUUCUCGACAUUUCCAACAACAAAAUCGAAGGUCAAGUGCCUGGCUGGUUAUGGACGCUACCAAAUCUUGAGCAGUUGAAUCUCUCCAACAACACUUUCACCGGUUUCGAAAUAUCAACUCAACAUGGACUAUCCACUGUCCUGAAACCUUCUAUGAGGUACUUGUAUGGCUCUUACAACAAUUUCAGUGGAAAUAUUCCCUCUUUCAUAUGCGAUUUGUGCUCUAUAGUCGCUCUAGACUUAUCAAACAACAACUUCAAUGGUUCGAUCCCUCAUUGUAUGGGAAAUCUCAAGAGUAGUCUAAGGUUCCUUGACAUCGGUCAUAACCAACUGGUGGGAAAGCUUCCAAGAUCUUUGAUCCGUCUCUCUACUCUUGAAGUUCUAAAUGUGGAAAGCAACAUAAUCAAUGACACGUUUCCGUUCUGGUUGAGUUCUUUGCCGGAGCUACAAGUUCUAGUCCUGUCAUUCAAUUCAUUCCACGGACCAAUAUUUUUUAGUCGCAGCAAUAUAAGGUCACUCCACGUUGGCCACAACCAAUUGGUGGGUAAACUUCCGAGAUCUUUGUCUAAUUGUUCUUUCUUGGAGGUUCUUAACGUGGAAAACAACAGAAUCAAUGACACUUUUCCGUUCUGGUUGGAAUCUUUGCAACGGUUACAAGAAUUGGUCCUCCACCAUAAUGAAUUUCAUGGUUCGUUACAUUACCAUCCCAAGGUUGCUUCAUCGUUUCCUCAAUUGCGAAUCAUCGGCAUAUCAUGUAAUUCCUUUAGUGGAACACUACCAUAUGAUUUCUUCAUGUAUUGGAGUGCAAUGUCCUCAGAGGGAGAUCGUUCAGAACUGAAGUACAUUGGAGAAAAUUUCUACUACCAAGAGUCGUUGGUUUUGAUGAAUAAAGGAGUAGAGAUGAAGUACACCAGGAUCUCGACACUCUUAACCUCUAUUGAUAUUUCAGGGAAUAUGCUACGUGGAGAGAUCCCUAAAUCCAUUGGUCUACUAAAGUAUCUUGUUGUGCUCAAUCUGUCAAGCAAUGGUUUUAGUGGGAACAUCCCUUCAUCUUUGGCGAAUCUGACAGAGCUCGAGUCUCUAGACUUAUCGCAUAACAAGCUUUCAGGCCAAAUUCCACGUGCUCUCGGAGACCUCACAAGUCUUGCUAAUGUUACGGUUUCCCACAACCAGCUCGUCGGUCUGAUACCGCAAGGGACACAGUUUCAGACGCAAGAUGCUUCUUCUUUUGAAGACAACCUUGGACUUUGUGGUCGUCCUCUCAGUAAAAUGUGUGGAGAUAGAGACACCGAGGAAUCACAAGAACCAGAAUCGGAGGAAGAAGAAGACGAAGGGGCAUUGAAUUGGACUGCAGCUGCCAUAGGCUUAGCACUUGGAGUCAUCUUUGGAUUGACCGUUGGGCACAUUGUGAUUACACAAAAGCCUCAUUGGCUUGUGAAAUAUUUUGACAUUACCAGCUUGCCCUUCAGGUUUGUUACUAAACAGUGCGUUUAG